CUCAGUUGAGUCGUGCGUUACAAGCAGUGCGGCUUCACACUUGUUUCGUCUCUAAACUUUGCAGCCUUUCUACUCGUGUAAAGUUUAUCUUAAUACUUUGUCACACUUGUUUGACAUAACUGAGGUGUAAAACGUUCGCGGCAUCCACAAAAAAGAUAAAAUGCAGGGCCACACCACGUGGAACGCGAUGCGUGGGUUUUGUCUACUUAUACUCUUUUGGUUCAAUCUACAUGGACUAAGUCAAUCAGCCGCUGUGAAUCCUCAGCUACCCGAGGGAAGCCCAUGUCUACUGGACACCGGUCUAAAAGGCAUGUGCGUAAAGGCUGUGGAUUGCCCGCAAAAAAUAAUGGAGAUUAAUGCGAGAAACUCCACCGACGAUGGUCGUUGUGGGUUUGUGAAAUUUGACGAGAUAGUUUGCUGCACCAAGAAAUUUUGAGGAUCCACAUCCCACAAAAAUUGUUUCACACAAAAGUUGUCAGGUUUGGUCAGGACGAUCUGAUUAGUUUUUGAAAGUUGACCUUGAAGUAAAAUUUCAAGCUUUUCACUAUUUUUUAAUGAAAGGGACUUUCAUACUUUUUCCUCACCCUGUAUAACGUUACUUUUUCAUAAUCGGUCAAAUCAUAUACUGUGUUGAUAUCGGAGUGAUGAACAAUGUUUUGCUGUAAAACAGGUUCUUGGAACAAGUCAAACAGGCUGUCGGUAGUAAUUCUGCAACUUUUUUUCCUCCCGUGUGCACUCUAAUCGUAAGGGUCAAGAUGGCAUCGGAUGCGAAAACUUGGCUAAUUUAGCCGAUUGUGGGGGAAAUUCGACCGUUGACCUUACAGUUAGUUGCGCGCUGUGCCGCAAUCGACGCGCAUUUCUAACAAAUACUUCUGGCAUUCAUCAAUCAAGGUUUCUUCUUGAAGUACCGCAGGCAAUUUCUAAGAAUGGAAAUAACAGCGUGGACUUGGAUGUGUGUACUUCAUUUGAUAUUACUUAAUCGAUGCCGAGCCGUCCACCGAGUCGUUGCGGAAGAUCUAGAACUUUACGAAGGUAGCAGGUGUCGUUUGGGAGGAGAUGGGGCCGAGCAAGGCGUGUGCGUCAAGUUAAUCAACUGUCCAGUAAGAGUGCAGCAGGUACGUGCGGGGAACUUUAACGAAGGCGGCCGUUGUGGUUUUUCCAGUUUUCAUGAGAUAGUCUGCUGCAGAGAGCUCUCGUCAGAGCAACUGAAGGAGCAAUCGAGACCAGCCGAAGCAGCUUGCCGAGAAUUCCGAAGGACGUUGAACGUUGACGGGCCACCCGCAACUUCGGUCAUGCCCUACAUGGUGGCGUUGAGUUUCUCUUCGCCAAAGGAUGAAGAUGCCAGUGGAAUGAUCAGGUAUGCCUGCGGCGGGGCUUUGAUAUCCCAUAUGCACAUCCUAACUGCAGCCCACUGCGUCACUACCAAUAUCGACGGAUUUAAGCCUGUUCAAGUUCUGUUAGGCAGUACGGAUCUUUCAAAACAGAAUCAAAACAUUAUUGUACCAAUUGCACGGAUCAUCAAACAUCCCCGGUACGACGAAAGCUCCAACCACAACGAUAUAGCCAUCAUAGAACUCCAGAACCCUGUCAAGUUUACGAGUAGUGUGCAGCCGGUGUGUCUGUUGACGAAACCCUUGUCAAACCUCGUUUCCGAGAGCGCAAAUUUCAUAAUGUUGGGUUGGGUAUCGACCUUUGUUGGCGGAAGCACACACACCCGAUUAAUGAAGGCUGAACAUCUGCAUCUUGUUGGAGGGAAAGACUGUUCGGAGAGUUACAGUGAUCUUCGAGUUCAGAUUCAUCCAAUCGAAUCGAACGACACAGUGAUUUGCGUGUGGGAUCCUAGCAUCGGCAGAAGAGCAGACACGUGUUGGGAUAACACUGGAGGAGUUCUCUUGAUCUCGUCGCGGGAAUUUUUAUUUCUUGCAGGCGUAACGGCGUUCGGACAGACAUGUGGUGGAAGCAGACCUAGCGUGUACACGUCGGUCUUUGAGCACUUGACUUGGAUCGAAGAUCAGGUAUGGCAGCGUCGUGAUUUCUAAUUAAGCACGCUACGAAACAAUUUCAUUUUGCAACGAGUCAAAAUUCGUACAGGGCGAUUCGAACGUCGUUGAAAAUUAACUUGUUACGCCGGAAUGGUUGAAUAUUAAUUAACGAAACGAGCGAAACGAACACGAUAUCUACGCUGUGCAGUGUAAUGCGACGAAACAUAUAAGCACUGAUUUUCCUUUCCUUUCCAAGUUAUUGUAAAUUGCUCGUUGUGGAAAAACCGAAAUCGUAAUGGUCACUGACAAUGAGGCUAUAGUCUCGUAAGAAAACAGGUCCUCCUUGCAUGGAUGAGGUCACUUAAGUUCGCAUGAUCAAGGUACAGUGAACCCACUGAAUAAACUCGCCGGUGAGAUUUGUGCGCUAACCUCUCUUAAGAGGUACCUGAGGAAGCGGCACUAUUCAGAGGGGGUUUAUUCAGAGGGUUCAGCGUAUCUGUUCAAGAUAUAAUUAUAACAUGAUACGAGAAAUUAUCUUUGACCGAACAAUCGGUGAAUAAACAUAAUUUGGUUUCAUUAUUGACCUUGAGCAUAAUCAUCCUCCUUACAUGUUGAGACCGUAAAACAUUAAAAAUUGUGUGUCGUUCCGGUAACAUUGGUCGUUAAAGUUAUAGUCAGUGAAAAAAAGGAAGAAAAAUGUCGAUACAUAAGUUAAACACAGUGGCAAAACUACCACUGAUUUUGUGACUGAAAAUUGAUUUUUCAAUAAUUUCAAAAUCGCGAAGAUUGCGUUAGAUUCGAGGGGCAGACGUAGGUGGUUAAGGCUGAAUAUUAAAUGAUAAAAUAACAAAUUGUAUCCUAGACGCGUACGUACGUGCGCUUGUGUUUUUCAUAAUAUUUGGAAUAUAAACGUUUCAAUCGGAUUUAUGGGAUAUGUACUAUUAGAGUGGUUCACAAAGAAAGAAAAAAAAACAUUUUUUUUGUGCUGCUUCCUGAUAAAACUGUUGUAUAUGAAAAAAAAUCUGCUGCACAUUUGAGCUCGAUCGGAAGAGAUCUGGAGGUCCCGUUUUCAAGUUUUCGUUUUCACAUAGAAAUAACACGUAAAAAAUGCUAACCUUAACUCACUGGUAAUUUCGCAUGAAAUUAUAGAAGUAAAUGAAAAAUGUCAAGAGACCUUUUUUGUAGGCAACAAUAUUUUGUAAAAUAAAUAAAUAGCAAAAGCUUUUAUUUUAUGAGAAUUUAAUACGAAUAUUUUUGAUCAUUCAAUUUUAUCAGUUUUACGUCACAAUAAUAGAGACCUUUUUUGUACUAAAUAUUGUUGCCUGCACAAAAUAGAGGGUGAAUGUCUCUCGAAGCGAUUUGCUUGAGCCAGUAAAAGUGAUUUUGUGUACUGCAUCAAUCACUCUGAUUGUGAGUUAUUAGUUGAAUACGCUUCAAAAGAAAUAAUGAGAGUGUCACAUCCUCGAUGCCCUCUGCCCUUAGAUAUUAGGUACAUUCUAAAUUGUUUCAUACGUUUUCUUGAUAUCAUGCAAUUUUGUACCAUUUUCUUCAACCGCUUGCACGAUUGUUUCUUUUUUUCCGUUCUUUCUUGUGAAACAAAAUAAUCUUAAUAACUAUUUAGGUAAGCUACCCGCAUGCGUGCGUCGGAGGGACUCUUUUAACAUUUGCUGAGGACUAAAUUGAUGCCCGAAAAUACCGAAAGGUAUUUUCGAGGACAAGACAUCUGGCGUACACACGCAGUGUAAUAAAACCAUCCAUCAAAUAUUACCUGUUUCGGGUAGGAUGGCGCAAUAAUAGAAUACGUUAUCUUUGCAUAUAUGAUGCAAGUACGGAAAUUCUUACCCGCACGCGUGGAAAGGUUGGAAUGGGAUUACGUAACUAACCCACUACGCUGGACCCAAAAUAUUAUCUAUACAUACUUGAAACUUCCUCAUUGGCAUAACUACCGUGAAAAUGUAACGAACCAAUCAGGAAGCGCGUUAGAAAUCUGCACACUAAAGUACAAAUCGUUAAAAAGUGUUGCACUAAGUAGAAGCUAAGCAGUUCAACAAAAAUCUUUGAACAGAGCAGUCCAGAUACGUCUUCUAACUAGAGUCGACCAUCAAACAAUCUUUUAACGAGACAUGGACAGUUCAAAAUCAUCCCUGAAACAGAGCAAUUCUUCGUCCACCUUCGAUCAGGGUAAUUCACAACAUUUUUUUAGAUCUUGACGAAUUGAAUGACUCUAAAGAAAUUCCGCGCUUCUAAUACUAUAUCAAAUAAUAUUAUUUUUCAUAACAUUAACCGAACAUUAUAAUCUCAACUUCGUUUGAAUUUGAAUAAACUUAAUCAUUGUGUUCAAUUUA